UUGUUGUUGCCUGAUGGGAGGUUACGGCAGUCUAAUGCUUUGAGAUUGAUCUCGGCUUGUGGGUAUGACUGGCUUGGUAGCCCAAGUCCGUAAUAGCCACCAUCCAGGACCAGUUGGGAAAAGCAACAAGGCUCGGCGGCCUUGGAAGGGGGAUUCUUCCUCUGUGGGGCAAGUAACCCAUCCUGUGCCCUCCUUGCUUCCUCCCAUCUCGUCACCGAAACCGACGAGGAAUGGCGGUGCGCCGGAUGCUAGGCAGGUGGUGGUCGGAAAUGGAGCCAGAAAGAUGGGUAAGAGGACGGAGGCAGGAUUUCCUGCCGUCACAAAUGCUCCUGUCUGCCGCACAUCAAAGGGUUGGAAGUCGCAACAAGCUCCAGCCCAUGAGGAGAAAGCACACCACAAACUUGCUGGCAAUUGUUCGUGUCCAUCUGUCCAUUCUUCUGGCCUCCCAUCGCCGUACUCCCAAAAGGUUUCCGGUUUGGGUAACACCCGUCGCCGCAGUCCAAACAGGGUGAUCCCUAGAGCAGGUGGAGGUGUUGGAUGCCAUGUCAAAGACCCAGGCAAACAGGAACCAAAAUGUGAAGGAGGUACCGAGCGCGGAGGAGAAUUGAGUGGGUGGAAAGGCGGACGAGAUUGUGGUAGUGGUUGUGGCGGCGGCGGCGGCGGUGGUGGUGGUGGUGGAUUGAGGUGCGCUGUUGAGUCUGGCGAGGCAGAUCGUGCCGGCAGCGGUUUGCGAGUCAAAGGGAGGUUGGGAAGAUUGGAAACCUAUGACACAUGGAGGGAUGUUUAUGGCGGGACUCCGAAGGCAGGAGGAAUUUUGGAAGGGGGGUUCCGGGGUGGCGGAGGUAGUAGGCGUCCACGGCCCGGUGGAAAGAAAGUUGUUUCGCCGCGCUCGCAGGGUGCAGCGGAGGCAGCAGUGCCUUCGUACGAGAGGCAUAACGUAAUCAGAAGUGAAGGGUCAUGUGCUACAACAAGCUACAGAGAGCUGGCGGAUGGAAGUGUCAUGAACGGCAAAGUGGAAGAAGCGGAGAAUGCGGAAGUCAAGAAGUCGAGAGAGCCGCUGGCAACCAAGCUGUGUACGUGUGUGAAUGGCUCCAAUCUGUUCUCUGAGGUUCCUGGAUCCUCACCCAGAUCGAUCGACGUGGCACUGGGGUUGAAAAAGUCGUCUAUCGGGCAAGGCCGCUUCACCAUUCAUUCUGGUCCAGGUAUGGCGGACACAACGGACGAGAUCAUGGGAAUGGAUAGAGUGCAGACAGCAGAUGCGAUUCCUAGCAAGUGGGAGACGGCCACAGCGAGUGACAAGGGCGAGCAGAAGAUACAGAGUGAAGGAAACUGUCCUACCAAAGGCUAUUCCAUGGAUCCCAUGAAGUCCUUCAUCGAGAAGCUGUAUGAUCUUCUGGAAGAGUUAACCGGGAACCAUGGGUUCUAUUACGAGCACACGAAUGGGCUUGGGAGGUGGAAGAUGGACAAAGGGGCUACUGAGAAGGAUGGGGUUGAUCAAGGGAGCGCGAAGUCUAAGUGGAAAAGCCCGGUAUCCCUUCCCCCGAUCGCCGGAGCCGAUCAGAAGAGGGAGGUGAACAAGAAGAUGGGCGGGGCAAUAGCAGAAGCUGUGACUGCUCUGGACUGGGCCGGGCCAAAGUCAGCGGCGAAGAAGAGUCCUGUUAUAAGUCCUUCGGACGGUUUGGUAGGUGAUGCAGAGGGGAUUUUCAAAGGGCCAAAGCACAAUGAUGAGGCAGGGUGGUUUUCUGAUGAUUCCGAGAAAAUGACGCAUGGAAGCAAAGAGGAACCAGCGAAGGAAGUUCGAAUGGGGGAUGGUGAAGAGGCAGUGACUCGAUUGGGAACUUGGAGCAAAGGGGAUGCAGAAGCUUACGAUGGGCGUGAAGCAGGCGAGGCUAUGGUGUUGGAAGAUGAGCGGAUCGUAGAGAAUGGGGCGAUUGGUGGCAGAGAGGCAAGGGUCGAAGUGGUUGGGGUUGUUGGUGGGCAUGAAGAUGGUGGUUUGUUUGCUGAUGUGCUUGCAAGCUACCCUGAGAGCCCAUUGAGAUCGCCGGGGAAAACGGAAGUCUAUCGGGGUCGGUAUGAAGUCUUGCAGGUUGUAGGGGAGGGGGCGUAUGGCAUUGUCAUGCAGUGCAAAGACCAUCUCACGGGGGAAAUCGUUUCCAUCAAGGAGUUUAAGGUCUCUCCAGAAGAUUUGGAUGCAGAUGAGGUUCGGCGAAUCGCCAAUCGGGAGCUUACGCUGUUGCAGAGAUUGAAUCAUCCCAAUGUUGUCGGCUACAAGGAGGAUUUUACUAUGGGUGUCAGGACGUGUAUCGUAAUGGAGUUUGUGCCACGGAACUUGUUGAGUUUACUCAUUGACAAGGAUGGACUAGGUUUGGAGAAAGAUGUUGUUAGACAUUUCAUUUUUGAGCUUUGCAAGGCAAUAAGCUUUAUGCAUGAGCAGAACGUCAUAUACCGAGACGUCAAGCCCGAGAAUCUUCUCAUUACGCAAGACGGCCACCUGAAAGUCUGCGACUUUGGCUUUGCUAGGCAUCUUGACGUAGAUAGAUCUCAGUUGACUCCUUACGUCGCCACGAGGUGGUAUCGUGCACCUGAGCUGCUGAUCGGACGCCUUUGCUGUCAGGGUAGGGACCUCUCUCCCGUUUACGGAAAGCCAGUCGAUAUGUGGGCCAUUGGCUGUUUGAUGGGUGAGCUCAUUGAGGGGAAGCCGAUGUUUGGCGGCGAGACGGACAUCGAUCAGCUGUACCAAAUUCAGAGAGUGCUCGGUGCCCUUUCCCCUUCGCUUCUCGCCAAAAUGAAUGCUCCUGCCAACGUUGGAUUUCCUAUCCAUGGGCCUCCUCUGACAUUGCGCGAAAGGUAUCGGGGUCUCAUCUCCGACCAAGAACUCUCCUUCAUGGAGGGGUUGCUCCGGCUCGAUCCUCUUGAACGGAUGUCCGGCAAGCAAUGUCUGCCGGCACUGUGGAGGGGACCGCUGAGAGGGGGCAUUCCAGUUCGAAGGAAUCAGCUGCUUGGCUUCGAGUAUCUCAUAUAUGAUGUGGUCGGCAAGAGUGCGAACGCAUAUGACGCAGAGGGGAAGCGGAACAGUUGCUGCGGUGGACGAUCACCGGCUACGUAACGAGGUAAGAGUGCAAGCGCAUACGAAGCGGAGGGCUUGUGACAGGGCUGCAGGUCUACAGGUACUGCGGAGGAGACCGCUGAGAGGGGGCAUUCCAGUUCGAAGGACUCAGCUGCUUGGUUUUGAAGAUCUCAUACGAUGCGGUAGGCAAGAGUGCGAACGCAUAUGAGGCAGAGGGGAGGAGGAACAGUUGAUGCGGUGGACGAUCACCGGCUACGUAACGAGGUAAGAGUGCUAGCGCAUACGGAGCAGAGGGCUUGUGACAGGGCUGCAGGUCUGCACGGCUGAGAUUGGGCGACCAGUUUCAAGGACAUCAGCUGCUUGGCUUUGAAGAUCUCAUAUAUGAUGUGGUCGGCAAGAGCGCGAAUGCAUUCAAAGCAGAGGGGAGGCGGAACAGUUGCUGCGGUGGACAAGCACCGGCUACGUAACGAGGUUUUUUUUUUUCAGCUUUUGCUUCCAACAAUCAAUGAGCCACGACUUU